AAAAAACGUCAGUUAUACUUAAAAAAAUAUAACCUGCAAUAUAAAUUUUAUGAAAUUACGUUGUUGUUAUUGUAUACGUUUAUAAUUAUACAAAAAGCAAGGUACUUCCGCGAAGAAGAUAUUGACGAAUUCAGGGAGUGUUUUUAUCUUUUUGCACAAGAUGGACAAAUAAAACGUCUUGAAGAGUUGACAAUUAUCAUGAGAUCUUUGGGUCUUAGUCCUACUACUGCUGAAUUAAGCAAAUAUAUGAAGGACAAAAACGGAAGAAUGUCAUUUGCUGAUUUUUUGGAAGUAAUGCAUUUACAAACAAGAGUAGAAGACUUACCAAAAGAAGUUAACGAUGCUUUUAAAGCCGCUGAUCAAUCCAGAAGUGGUUUAAUUCCCGCACGGCAAUUAGCACAUAAUUUAUUGAAUUGGGGAGAAAAAUUGACUAAUAAAGAAGUGGAGCAAAUUUUCCGAGAAGCUAAUGUAUCUCUAAAUGGAAAUAUAAAAUAUGAAGACUUUGUAAAGAUAGCGUGUGCUCCAAUUCCUGACUAUUAUUAA